UCAGUUCUGUAUGAGCGUUGUCACAAGUUGUGACAGCUGUCAUCUGACCACCAACCAAAUACACAAAAAAAAAACUUUGGUAAAUGCGAGUGGUUAUAUUAAUUAAAUGUUGAUUUUCUUGGGUUAAAUUUGAAUAAAUAGUGCCACAUAAUACAACUUCAAAGUCUUAUAUUUUUACUUGCAUUAUAAACAGUUACAAUGGCGUCCAAAGUUACAUUUAAAAUUACCCUUACUUCAGACCCGAAGCUUCCUUUUAAAGUAUGACUGAGAGAACCUACCAACAUGAGCCUAAGGCAAAAUGAGCGACGAUGGAGCAUCCAAUGUUACCCAAGUCUUGAAGGCCUUCCAUAGGUUUCUGCAGAUUUAUGAAAAUCCCUCUUGGGCUAAAAGCGUUACCACCGAAGAAAUCAAGUCUGCAUUUAAGUUGGGAAAGUUUAUUGAAAGCACUGUGGCUAAUUUUCAAGAAAAGGAGUUUUCCAAGAGGUUUUUCCAUUUGCUUGAACUGUGGCUGAUUGAUAAUAAUUGUCAUAAAUUUUAUACAGAAUUUUUCUUUGUGGAAGCUAAUAAUAGACUAUUGGAAAAACUUUUUAAAUUUCCUAACAUUAAAGAAAGUACCUUGGAUAUUGGAGUUAGGAUAUAUACAUCUAUGUAUCCCAAAGAAAGGUUUCAAGAAUGUAUUGAAAAUCUCAUUUUAAAAACAAAUUCAAACAAAGCAAUCGCAGACUUUGUUAAAGCAUGUGUCACAGACUCAUGUUCGGUGGAGUACAGUAUAAUAUUAAACAAAUGGAGUGAUUAUUGCAAAAUUGGAAUGAAAGAUCAACUAAAAUCUGAAAUAGAUUCUUAUUUAUCAUUAUACAAUGUGGAAGAAAACUUACCCAGGCUUAUAGGCAUGUUGGGUUCAAAAAAAAGUAUCUUAGUAGAUAAUAGUGGUAAUGAAGUCAUUUUAGAAUGUCUUCUUAACAAAAUGACGGAUAGAAGCCUUUUAUCCAAAAAAUUUUGGCUAGUGUUGUUUCAGAAAUUAGAUAUGAAAGAUGUAACCUCUACAUGUAAAAACUACCCCACGUUCUUCCAAUCUUUGUUCAAUUUUAUUGAGUAUAUUGGGGGUAUGAUGACCAAGGACCAAAGUGAAUUAGCCGAGUGGAAAAGUGAUCCAAGUGUCUCCUUUUGCCAUGAAAUAUCAUAUUUCGAACUAGUGGUAUUUUUAAAAUCACUCUCUUGCGAGAGUGACUUGAACAUUGAUGUUUUAAAUAGGUUAGAAAAGGCUAAGGAAUUCUCAAACUCAGAUUUAUGGACACAAAUAAUAAGUGAUAUUUUUGAUUAGUUGUCUAAAAGCUGAAAUAUGGUUAAUGUUUGAUUUGUAUAAUUUAUUUAUUGAAUUGUAGCAUGCCUUUAUGUAA